AUGAAGUCCAUCGUCUGGAAAUUCACAGAGCAAGGGGCGUGCGUGAAGGCCCUCAACAAGCACUGCCCCAAGGCUACGCCAGAAGACAUUCGGGCCGGUGAUAUCUUGAUGUUCGUCAAUGAAGAGUUUGUCUUGGACAAGGAAAAGAAGAUCACCCAGCGAAUCUGGAAAGAUGAGAGCCUCGGCUUAGUCAAAUAUGCGUGUCAUUGA